AUGGGCAUUGAAAAACUGGCAUUGUUUAUGCUAUACGCCUUUCUCUGUCAACUUGCUUUCUCCUCAUCCUUACCUCAUUUGUGCCGCAAAGAUCAAGCUCAUGCUUUGCUACAAUUCAAGCAAACAUUUACCACAAAUUCUGAUGCUUCUGGUUGUUCUGAACCUUAUGCGAAAACUCUUUCAUGGAAUAGGAGUGCAGAUUGCUGCUCGUGGGACGGAGUUCAUUGUGAUGAAAUGACGGGACAAGUGAUUGAGCUUGAUCUCAGUUGCAGCCAACUUCAAGGCAAGUUUCAUUCCAACAAUAGCCUCUUUCAACUCUCAAAUCUCAAAAAGCUUGAUUUGUCUUAUAAUGAUUUCUCUGGAUCACACCUUUCGCCUAAAUUUGGUGAGUUUUCUGGCUUAACACAUCUUGAUCUAUGGGGUUCAAGUUUUACAGGUCAAAUUCCAUCUGAAAUCUCUUAUCUUUCUAAGUUACACGUUCUUAGUAUCUGGAGUGAAGAUCCAUAUAUGCUUAGAUUUGGACCUCACACUUUUGAACUGCUCCUUAAGAACUUGACUCAAUUAAGAGAGCUUGAGCUUUACGACGUGAACAUCUCUUCCACCAUUCCUCAAAAUUUUUCUUCUUAUUUAACAACUCUACAACUUUUGAACACACAAUUAUGUGGGAUAUUGCCCGAAAGAGUUCUUCACCUUUCCAACUUGGAACUUCUUGAUUUAUCAUACAAUACCCAGCUCACAGUUAGGUUACCGAUGACCAAAUGGAAUAGCAGUACAUCUCUCAUGAAUUUAUAUCUCUGCAGCGUGAAGUUUACUGGUAACUUACCUGAAUCAAUGAGCUAUUUAACUUCACUGCAUGACUUGGACAUGAGUUCUGGUAAUCUUUCAGGGCUGAUUCUUAAACCUCUAUGGAAUCUCACCAACAUAGAGAAUUUGUUCCUUGAAAUUAACAAUCUUGAAGGAACAAUUUCACCGUUCUUCAAAUUUGGAAAACUACGGGGGUUAAAACUUUGGGGAAACAACUUCAGUGGUUCGAUUCCUUCCAAUGUAAGUGGACUACAAAACCUACAAUCACUCGUCUUGUCAUCAAACCACUUGAGUGGGACUAUACCAUCCUGGAUAUUCUCCCUCCCAUCACUAUCUUGGUUAUACUUGAGUGAUAACAAUUUCAGUGGAAAAAUUCAGGAGUUCAAGUCCCAAACAUUAAUCGUAGUUACACUAGAACAAAAUCAGCUGGAAGGUCCUAUACCAAAGUCACUCCUAAACCAGCAGAGCCUAGGAUUUCUUCACCUUUCACAAAAUAAUUUCAGUGGACAGAUUUCUUCAACCAUCUGCAAUCUAAAAACACUGAUAGUGCUAGAUUUGGGAAGUAAUAAUUUGAACGGAACAAUCCCACAAUUUUUGGGUGAGAUUAAUGAACAUGUUCGGGUUUUUGAUUUAAGCAACAAUAGUCUCAGUGGGACAAUUAACACUACUUUUAGUGUAGGAAACCAACUCAGUGUCAUUAAAUUGCAUGGGAAUAAGCUAGAGGGGAAAGUCCCGCGAUCUUUGAUCAACUGCAAGUAUUUGGAACUUCUUGACUUAGGUGACAAUGAGUUGAAUGACACAUUUCCAAAAUGGUUAGGAACUCUACCGAAUUUGAAGCUUUUAAGCUUGAGAUCUAAUAAGUUGCAUGGUCCCAUCAAAGCUUCAAAGAACAAAAAGUUGUUUGCCCAACUUCAAAUUAUGGAUCUCUCAUCUAAUGGGUUUAGUGGGAAUUUACCAGAAAGUCUUUUUGACAAUUUCCAAGCCAUGAAGAUAAUUGAUAAGAACGCGAGAACCCCAUGGUACGUAGGAGAUCAAUAUGGUAUAUUUUAUGAUUCUGUGAUGACAAUUACAACAAAGGGAUUGGAUUUUGAGUUCGCUCGGGUUUUGACUACAAAUAUGGUUAUCAAUCUCUCGAGAAAUAGAUUUGAAGGUUAUAUUCCAAGUACUAUUGCAAGUCUGCUUGCACUUCGUACUUUGAACUUGUCUCAUAAUGGCUUGGAAGGGCUUAUACCGGCAUCACUACAACAUUUAUCUGUACUUGAAUCAUUAGAUCUCUCAUUCAACAAAAUUGGAGGAGAAAUUCCCCAACAACUUGCAUCUCUCACAUCACUUGAAGUCUUAAAUCUCUCUCACAAUCAUCUUGUUGGAUGCAUCCCCAAAGGAAAACAAUUUGAUACAUUUGAGAAGAGUUCAUACCAAGGGAAUGAUGGGUUACAUGGAUUCCCACUCUCAAAAGAUUGUGGCGGUGAUAAUAGGGUACCACAAGCGACAACUCCAUUUGUGCAAGAUCUAGGAGAAGAAGGAGAUUCAUCACCGAUCAGUUGGCAGGCGGUUCUCAUGGGUUACGGUUGUGGACUCAUUAUUGGACUGUCCAUGGUUUAUAUAAUGUUGUCUACUCAAAAUCCGGCAUGGUUUUCGAGGAUGUUUGAAGAAUUGGAACGCAUAAUUAACACGAGAAUGCAAAAGCAAAAGAAAAGAAAUUAG